AAGCUGCAAUUCCUAAUAAGCAACUCCAAGAAUCAAACUUAAGUCAUCUUAUCAGCGAUGAUGUGUCCAGGAUCAAGAAAGCGCAUAGUUGAACUGAAGUUGCUUAUUUAAUGCAGAGUCAUUUUGAUUUACUUCAAUCCGAACUCUGCAAAAUUUGCAAAUCCUUGUUGAGGGUCAAGAAAUUGCAUGCUUUGGUAAUUAAGUCCAAUCUCUCGGAAGAUCCGUUUUACGCAACUCAAAUUAUCAGGCAGUAUGCAGCUAAUGGUGACGUUAAUUAUGCCCACCAUGUAUUCGACAAAACUCCCACUCGAAGCGUCUACCUCUGGAAUUCCUUGAUUCGAGCCUACGCUCAAGCCCAGAGGUUUCGCAGUGCAUUUUCUCUUUUUAAUAACAUGCUUACAACCAACACAAGACCUGACAAUUUCACUUACGCUUGUAUUGUACGUGCAUGUUCCGAGAAUUUCGAUUCUGCUGGCCUGAGACUUGCUCAUGGGAGGGCCAUAGUCUCUGGGUUAGGAUCGGACUCUGUUUGUGGCAGUGCUCUUGUGACAGCUUAUUCUAAAUUCGGCCUUGUCAAUGAAGCCGGUGGAGUGUUUAAUGGGAUUUCUGAACCCGAUUUGGUUUUGUGGAAUUCUUUGAUUUCUGGUUAUGGGUAUUCUGGUUUAUGUGAUAAAGGGAUGCAAACAUUCAACGCAAUGCGGCGUGCUGGGAAGAAGCCAGACGGAUAUACAAUAGUUGGGUUGCUUUUAAAUGUGGCAGAUUCUAGCUUGCUCAGAAUUGGUCAUGGAAUACAUGGUCUAAGUCUGAAAAAUGGGUUUGAUUUUAAUUCUCAUGUAGUUAGUUUGCUGGUGAACAUGUACUCGAGAUGUAAGUGCAUGACUUCAGCUUACAAAGUCUUUGCAAGUAUAUUCCAACCUGAUUUAGUUACAUGGUCUGCUCUGAUAGCUGGAUAUUCUCUGACUGGAGAUUAUGUGAAGGCUCUGCUUUUUUUCAGGGAAUUGAACAUGAAAGGCAAGAAGGCAGAUACCGUUUUAAUUGCUAGUGUAUUGGCUUCUAUUGCUCAGUCAGCAAAUGUAGGGCCUGGACGUGAGAUACAUGGUUAUGUUCUUCGGAAUGGAUUGGGAUCAGAUGUCAUGGUCUCUUCUGCUCUUGUAGACAUGUACUCAAAGUGUGGUUUCUUGCACUCAGGAACUAGAGUUUUCGAAUUGAUGCCAAAGCAGAAUAUAGUUUCUUAUAAUUCUAUAAUUUCAGGUCUUGGCUUGCAUGGAUGUGCCUUUGAGGCUUUCAGGAUUUUUAAUAAGAUGCUCAAUAAAGGUGUAGUACCUGAUGAGUCCACUUUCUCCUCUCUCCUUUGUGCUUGUUGCCAUGCCGGCCUUGUCCAAGAUGGCCGGGAGCUUUUCAGGAGGAUGAAAUAUGAGUUUGACAUUGAAGCCAAAACUGAGCAUUAUGUUUAUGUGGUGAAACUUCUAGGGAGUGCAGGGGAAUUAGAAGAGGCUUACAAUCUCAUUCAGUCCUUGCCAGAACCUGUAGAAGAAGGCAUCUUGGGAGCUCUCCUAUCAUGUUGCAAUUCAUGUGAAAAUUCUGAUCUGGCAGAAACCAUAGCUCAUCGGCUUUUUGAGAGCAAUCCUGAUAAUGAUGUUUACAGGGUUAUGCUUUCUAAUAUCUAUGCUAGUGAUGGUAGGUGGGAUGAUGUGAAGAAAGUGAGAGAUAACAUAACUGGUGGUCUGAGAAAAUUGCCUGGACUAAGCAAGAUUGAAGGCCAGUUUUGCAAAUAGUGAAAACUGUGGUAGAUUCCUUUGGUUCUCUCUGUGUAAUCCCAUAGAAUGAUCGGGACUAUACUGUCAGCCAUACAGGAGGCCCUUGAUGAAGGCAUUACACAUGGGAGAUAACCUGAAUAUAUUUGCUUAACCGUAUUGCCAGGACAGCCACUUCCUCUUCGUUUUGUUAAGGACUUUAUUUCACCACUAGCAUGGACAAAAUUGAAAUGGUUAAUAUGAACUGGCAUAAUUGGUGAGAAUGGAACCUCUCAUGCGUGGCAGCGCAAUUACAAGAACCAAGAUAUAUGAACAUUCAUUUAUGGCCAUUCCCUUUAGUGUCAAAAGUUUUGUGCACCUGGUAAGCUUAUGGUCUUGUAUUAAUAGUUUGCUUCUAGCGUAUAUAGCUGUUACUUUACAUAAUUAUUGCUGAGGAAUUGGUAGACUUAUUAAUGAUUCUUCGUUUUAUGAGCUACAAA